AUGUCGGCGAUGACGAUUCGAAAUCCCGAACGAAGGAUUGAAACAAACCCUUUUGACGUGGAUGCGUGGAAUCUGUUACUUCGAGAACAUCAGGUACUGUUGUUAGAACUUAAAAAUGUGAGUUGUUUUUUCAUUUAUAAAUUCAAAUUUUUAGUCACGACCAAUCGAGCAAGAACGAGAUUUCUACGAAAGCCUUGUCAAGCAAUUUCCAAAUGCUGGCCGAUACUGGAAAGCAUACAUCGAACACGAACUUCGAUCAAAAAACUUCGAAAAUGUUGAAAAGAUUUUUGCAAGAUGCUUGGUUUCAGUGUUGAAUAUUGAUUUAUGGAAAUGUUAUGUUCAUUACAUUUUCGAAACCAAGGGACAACUCAGCACUUUCAGAGAAAAAAUGGCACAAGCUUAUGAUUUCGCACUCGAAAAAGUGGGAUUAGAUUUACAAUCUCACGUUAUUUAUACCGAAUACAUCGCGUUUCUCAAAAAAGUGUGAGUCUUCUUUUUUUUGAAUUCUUGAUGUAGUUAAUGGAUUCAUUGAUGUUUUGUAGUCCAGCAGUUGGUCAAUAUGCUGAAAAUCAGCGAAUAACAGCAGUUCGGCGAGUUUAUCAGCGAGCAAUCGCAACUCCUCUUCACAAUCUCGACGCAAUUUGGAAUGAAUACUGUGUCUACGAGAAAACUAUAAACUCAACAUUGGCCGAAAAAUUGAUUGUUGAAAGAAGUCGAGAAUAUCAACAAUCGCGAAAAGUGGAAAGAGAAAUGGAAAAUUUGACAAGAGGUUUGAAUAGACAAGCAGUUUCAGUUCCACCAAAAGGAACAACCGCCGAGUUGAAACAAGUCGAGUUAUGGAAAAAAUAUAUUCAGUGGGAGAAAACAAAUCCGUUGGAAACUGAAGAAUACGGGCAAUUCGCUAAAAGGGGUUCGUUUUCUCUUAUGAUUUUCUUUUUCAUUGAAGAAAUUUACAAAAAUUGAAAAUUAUUGUUGAAAUUGUCAAUAGAAAUCAAUUCCUUUUCCAGUUAUUUACGCAUACGAGCAAGCAUUGUUAUGUCUCGGAUAUUAUCCCGAAAUCUGGUAUGAAGCUGCGCUUUUCCUCCAAGAAGCUAGUAAAUCUUUGGAAGAAAAAGGAGAUGUUAAAACUUCUCUUAUUUUAAAACAGGAAACAAUUCGUAAGUUUUCUAAAAUCUUCAGAACUUCCCAAAAUUUUAAUUCUUUUAGAAUUGUUUGAAAGAGCGAUAAAUGGAUUGAUGAAAGAAUCGAAACUUAUUUAUUUCGCAUAUGCAGAUUUUGAGGAAGAUCGAAUGAAAUUCGAAAAUGUUAAGAGUAUUUAUGAUCGUCUACUUUCUAUUGAACAUAUCAAUCCAACUUUGGUUAGUUUAUCUGAUGUUGAAAAAUAAUAAUUUUAAAUCUUAUGCAAAACUUUAUAGACCUACAUUCAAUUAAUGCGAUUUGUUCGUCGAACUGAGGGUGCAAAAAACGCCCGCCUGGUUUUUAAACGAGCUCGUGAAGAUGCUCGAACUGGACAUCAAGUUUACGUGGCAUCCGCUCUUAUGGAAUAUUAUUGUCAUAAAGAUAAAGAUGUUGCGAUGAGAAUCUUCAAUUUGGGCUUGAAAAAGUAUGAAAAUGAACCGGAAUUUGGAUUGGCCUAUGUUGAAUUUCUCGCUCAUUUGAAUGAAGAUAAUAAUACACGAGUCGUUUUUGAGAGAAUUUUAACAUCCGGAAAUUUGGCAGCAGAUAAGGCAGUGUAAGUUAUAACCCUUUCUUGAUAUAUGUUAUAGUUUAUAAAUUUAGACGAAUUUGGGAUCGAUAUUUGGAUUUCGAAUCAACUGUUGGCGAUUUGGCGAGUAUUGUAAAAGUAGAGAAACGGAGAAAGAAGGCGUAUGAAACUGCAAAACAAGAAACUGAUGUUAGUAGCGCAUUUUUGGUUAUUGAUAGAUAUCGAUUUAUGGAUUUAUUGCCGUGUAGUGGAGAACAGCUGAAAUUAAUCGGGUAUUCAGCAUCGGUACGUUUUUUGAAAUGUUCAUUUAAGAAUUAAAAAAAAAUGUAAAUUGUGCCAUGUAGAAAGCUCACGCUUAAAAGCUGAGAAAGUAGAAUUUUUAAAUUUCUUCCACACCUCGGCCAAUCGGUCGCCGGGCAGAGUACAAUUUUUAAAAAAAAUUGAAUUUCAGUUUUUAGAGGUCAAACACUGAAAAAUCUCACAUCAGAAUUUGUUAUUUUUAUUUUGGAAACGACGAUUUUGGCCGAGGUGUGAUUUCUUCUGAACUUCAAAAUGCUCUAACUAUUGAUCAUCCAAAACUCUUAAUUUUUUCCAGAAAAAUGACGGGUCAUCUACAAACGGAAAUGCAACAUCUUCAACCUCCAACUCAUCGAACAAUCAUCAAAAAUCUCAAGCAUCUCGUGGUCCACAAGCAGCUCUUGCUGUCAUGGGCGGAUCCAACAAUGUUUUAUCUACAAACACCACGGGAAGUUCCGAAGUUGCUCGUUAUGGUUAUCCACGUCCAGAUAUUUCACAAAUGAUUCCAUUCAAACCGCGAAUCAAUACAACAGCCUCAUAUCAUCCAGUUCCUGGUGGUGUUUUCCCGCCUCCACAAGCUGCUGCACAUUUGCUGCAAAUGCUUCCACCACCGCAUUGUUUUAUUGGUCCAUUUGUGAAUGUUGAUAAAUUGAUGGCAUCGUUUGCACAGAUGGUUAUACCAAAUUUACCUUGUGAGUUGAAAUUAUUUUUGAACGUGGAAGUUAUUGAAAUUGUUAUUUAUUUCAGCUACCUCAAGAAUCAAUGAAAAGAUCGAAAAAGGUCAAAUGAUGGGACCAAUGUUAGCUGAAGAUGUCAAAAAGGAUAUGUAUCAAUUAUUAGCCUCAACAAAUGAUCCAGCAGCUGUAAGUUUUUUAUAGUGAGGGAUUUCGUAUAAAAAUCUGAAGGGAAAUGAUGUUUUAUGUUUCAGUGGGAAAUAUUGGAACUUUCGAAAACUUUGAAUCAGACCGAAAAAUAUCGAUUUUUAAAUUUCGAAAUUCUUCAGAUUAUUUUGGUCUCCAAGAAAAUCAUCAACAUUGUCGCAGGUUUAUGAUAGAAAUUAAAUGUUCCUCAAAUUUCUCUUGAAAUGUCUAUCUUUCCCUAAAUAAAAAAAAAUGAUAAACAAAUAAUUGUUUAUUUUCAUUUAUUGAUUUUUCAUAUCUAUUUCCCCUAUUACCAAAAUAUUGUUUUUUUGCAGAUUGUUCGAUCUUCCGAUUUGGCUUUAUUGAAACGAAAACGUGGAGAUUCAGACGAUGAAGAUGAAAAUGGAUUAAUUCGAAGUGCCACACAAGAUGCUUAUAAAAGAAGAAUGAAUAAGAAAGCCGACUAG